AUGGGAAAUUAUAUUGAACCAGAAUAUGAAUGCACUGGUGUUGUAGACAAGAAGAGUGAUGUUUAUAGCUUUGGGAUACUUAUCAUGGAGAUUGUUUCUGGGAAGCCCCCGAUAGAGUAUAGCGAAACCGAGAUUGAGAUGCACUUGGUAGAGUGGUUUAAAGCCUUGAUUGCUGAACAAAACUUCAGUCUUGUUGUGGAUCCUAAGUUGCCUCAAAUGCCUUCGCCAAAGGAACUCAAACGAAUUCUGUUGAUUGCUCUUCGUUGUGUAGAUCGAGAGGUUGAUAAGAGGCCUAAAAUUGGAGAUGUGAUCCACAUGCUCGAGCCACACGAUUUGCUACUCACUGAUCUGAUCAAUCACACUACUGUUUAUUCUGAUGAUGCAGGGGUGUAUUUUGAGGCGAGAAAUUUCUCGACGUAG